GCCAACCUUGUUUAGCUUGGAACAGCCGGUGGGUCGACAUUGAUAGUGGAACACCCAGGAUUCAAUGGAGCUCCUCUCAUCACAGCCAACCGAUGUCGAAUGAAAACCAGCUGCAUUUGGCUGUUGAAGCUUGUCACCUGCAUGAGUCGCUUCUAGGCUCCCCUAAACCCCUGUCGAUGAUUAGGGUGAAGGGCAGAGUUUCCCUUCUGGGAAUUCGUCAGGGUAAUGGUGGGUUGGCUAACUCGGAUGCAUGAUCCAGGGCCUCCAGCAGAUUGGAUUGAAAUACAACCAGACGACCCUGAUCUUGAUCAACCAUUUCUCUGCACGACUAAGUGAACGCCCAUACUUCCAAGACCAGACAAUAGGGCACCAAGCAAAUGCCGGAGAGCGUUGAAAUGACCACCACCAAGGGUGGAAAUAAUAUUUCCACCACAUUCAGUGGCGAUGAUGGGCUUACCAAAGGGCCUGUUUCCCAGAAGUAUAUCGGCACUAUGGCCGAUCAGAGGGAUAUGCAGGCUCUGGGAAAGGAGCAAGUCUUGAGAAGAAAUUUCCGCUUCAUCUCUAUCGUUGCCUUCGGAUGUACUUUGAUCGCUUCAUGGGAGGUCGUGCUGACCAUGAUGAGUUCGCCUUUGGUUGAUGGCGGUACUGCUGGUUUCAUUUGGGGAUUUCUGGUGGUUUCAGUUGGUGUGUUGCUGCUGUUCGCCAGUCUGGCGGAAAUGGCUUCCAUGGCACCGACCGCAGGUGGGCAGUACCAUUGGGUCUCAGAAUUUGCUCCUAAGAGCUGCCAGAAAUUUUUAAGUUAUAUUACCGGCUGGCUGUGCGCAACGGGCUGGGAAUGCGCCAUUGUGUCGAUUGCCUUCCUGGCAGGUACCAUCAUCCAAGGUCUGGCCAUCCUGAACUACCCGGAUUACGUCUUUAAGCAAUGGCACGGCACCCUCAUCACCAUUGCCAUCACCCUCUUUUCGGUUCUCUUCAACACUUUCCUCGCCAAGAAGCUCCCUCUCGUCGAAGCCUUCAUUCUGAUUCUGCACGUUGCGGGUUUCUUUAUUGUGAUCAUCCCCUUGUGGGUGCUGGCACCCAUCAGUGACGCCAAGACCGUUUUCACGCAAUUCACCAACGGUGGCGGUUGGAACAGCGAUGGCACCGCCACGAUGGUCGGUCUGAUCACAGCCCUAACGGCCAUGAUUGGCUACGACUGUACCGUCCACAUGUCCGAGGAAGUUCGAGACGCGUCCACGACCAUUCCCAAGGCUAUCAUGGCGGCAUGCACCUUGAACGGAAUCCUGGCCUUCGUUGUCAUGGUCACUUUGUGCUUUACCUUGGGAAACGUAGACACUGUUCUCAACUCGAAAACCGGUUAUCCCUUUAUCCAGGUCUUCUUCGACGCCACCAAGAGCUACGCGGCCACCAACGCCAUGACGGCCAUUGUGACCAUGUCUCUCAUUGCCAGUGUGAUUACGGAGGUGGCCACUGCUUCCCGCCAGCUUUGGUCAUUUGCCCGUGAUGGGGGCGUCCCACUCGCUAGCUUUUUCGGUCAAGUCAACCCCAACUGGAACAUUCCCCUCAACGCCGUUAUUGUGUCCCUCGUCCUCACCAUCCUACUAUCCCUCAUCAAUAUCGGCUCGACCGUCGCCCUGGAUGCACUAAUCACCCUCACCGUCGGAGCGUUGUUGAACUCCUACAUCGUCACCGUCUCCUGUGUGGCGUUGAAACGAAUCCGCGGAGAGCCUCUUCCGCCGCAUCGGUGGUCGUUGGGUCGAUGGGGUCUUUGGGUCAACCUCGGGGCCCUGGCCUUCCUCAUCCCGGAGUUCAUCUUCGUCAUGUUCCCUCUUUACUCGACUGUGGAUCCUACGACGAUGAACUGGAGCUCGCUCAUGUAUGGUGGCAUGUUGAUUUUUUCCAUCCUGUACUACGUGCUGUAUGGACACAAGACAUAUGUCCCACCCGUGGCUCUGGUCCAGCGUGAAAUGUGAUUCGACCUCUCGGCUAUUUAAUUGACUCACUUUCCCCUCAUGCGUGGCCACGCCACCCCUUUCCAUUUCGGUGAUCCUGGCUGCUGCACAGGUUCUGCGGCUGGCCGUCUCCACAGGGCCAGCCUAUCGGCUUCACCGGGACUGCUGACGCUGCCUACCCCUGUUUC